GCGUUCCUGGCCGUCAGCAAGAGUGGCUUGGGGCCGACCGCUUGGCUCAGCACCAAUGCAGCGCUUUGGCCCCUAGUUCUGCCGAAAGCCGCCACUGAGAAGAUCCUCACUAGCAAAGCGGAGGAUUCGUGGAAGUCCGUGGCGUCGGAGAUCCAGGCCGUGUCGAAAUCCUCGUUGCUUGGACAGAAGCUCUUCGGCUUCGCCGUGAAGAGCAUCCUCGGCGAGGAGGUUGAGGCGAUCAUCAAGAAGCACGUGGACAAGUUUGUGUCUUCGGGGAAGAUGGACGAGACCGGUUUGGCAAACGCUAAAGACGGCACACUGAAGGAGUUGCGUGCCCUGUCUAGCGCAGACAUGCUGGAUGGCAAGCGACAAGUGAGCAUCGACUACCGGGGCUGGUCCCUGACAGUGCAGGCCAGCAGCAUGGACGAGCAGAUGGACAUGUCAUUCGCAGCAGCCAUCCGGGGCCACGCAUCUGCAGCUGGGGAUUUGGCCUUGCUGCCAGCAGAGUCCUGGCUGUGCCAGGGGCCGGCUGAUGCAAAGCCAGGGGCUGUGCACAGCAGUCUCAUUAGGGAGGCUGGGGAUGCUCGCAGCCUUGCCAAGACGUUGCUGGAAGCUGACGGCUGCAGCAGCGGAGAAGGCAUGAAGGAGAUGCUGUUGGCGCACAAAGACAAGCUCAUGGCGACAGACCGCCAUGCUUUCAUCGACAUCUCCUUCCUCGGCCAUGUUGCCGGCAGUGGAGGACAGCAGGCAUUGGAGCAGGCCUACCUGCAAAAAUGCCUCCCGAGUGAGAAGAACUUGUUCUCGGUGCAGCGCGCGAUCAAGGAAAGCGAGAGCAUGAUGGCCGGCGACUUGUUCAAGUUCGUUGCCACCGAUGCACAAGGAGCCGUCUCGGCAGCCCAUGCAAUGCUCUGCCAGGUCCAGCAGGGCCUCCCAGCAACGACAGGUCUGCAGCACACUAAGUUCUUGCGAGAGGCAUGGUCAAAGUUGCAGUUCUUCAUCAUCUUUUGCCAGGGUCAGCCGGUGAAGUACGGUGAAGAUGGGCAUUUCAUCAUUCCUUCAGGGGACAUCAAAGUCACACUCGGCAGCGAAGCACUCCUCGCUAUGUGGGACAUCGUUCAGAAGAAGGACGAGGCGACCUUGUCCUUGGAAGACCUUGAGAUCUUCGUGUGUUUCGGCCAGCUCUUGAGUGAAUGCCAGCGCACCUCUGCGCACAACAAAGUCCAAGAAGUUUUGCGUCGAAACCAGGCUGUUGGGGCUGACAGUUCCAAAGCGUCGAAG